CCCUCGAUUAACGGCUACUGUAUGUUUUUGUUAUCGUACGCCUCGCUAGCCCGUGCGUACUCGGUUGAGUGGUCUUAAGCACCACUCCAGGUGGAAAACCCCGUACUGAGCGCCGCCUCUGACACGAACAACUCCGACCAGCCUUCCCUCUCUUCUUCUCCAUGGAGGACGAGGAUCCCCAGUUCCAAAACCUCUCCAUCCCGGGACCCACGCUAGCAUCCCUCAUCCAACGUUCAAUUUCAUCAUCGACGGACAUCGAUGGGCUCCUCUUCGGCCACGUCACCCACUACACCCCUUCUUCCCUUUCCGACUCGCCAACCCCAAAUCCAACCCCUUCCCCACGCCUCACCGCCACCAUAACCUCUUUCCUCUCCUCAUCCAACCCACUCUCCUUUUACAACUCCCUCGGCAUUGUUCAUCUACCUUCAAUCCGUCGAAUCCUCCCUCCCUCCAUCGUCCAUCCGUCCCCUACCAUCCUCGGUUUCUUCAUCUCUCGCCGCAGCACCCCUCUCCGCCCUUCCAUGCGAGAGCACGCCAUUUCAUGUUCCCUCGCCCAAACCCUAGCUUCCCUUCCUACAAAUACCGACGACCCUCUCUCCCAUUUCAUCUCUCCCUCCUCUCCUCCUCAUCUCUUCCUCCUCCUCAUCUCUUCAUCCUCUCCCUCCCUCUCUAUCCACACGCACGAGUACCGGGCCUUCCAGCUCCGACGCACCUCUCAUCCCGUCCUCGAUCCAGUCUCUCUCCAUGUCAUCAACAUCGGUCCCGCUUUCCGAAGCCAUUAUGGCGCAUUCUGUCCGAGUUCGCCAUUCCCAUGGCUCCCGUUCGGAACGUCCUUGGAGGAGGCAGACAGGGAGAGUUUGAACCGUGUGAGGCGGACCUCGAAGGAGCAGCAGGGGUUGGAUGCAUGCGCGGAGGGGUUUGAACUUGGGAGGUUAAGCCGGUUGAUAGGAUCUGAGGCAGGAAAUUACACGUCGGAGGUGGAGUGUUUGUAUUCGAAGAUGCUGGCAAAGCUGGAGGGGUUAGCAAUGGCCGUGGAGAAGAGCUCGGCGAGAGUUCUUGAUCAGGAAAAUCGAAAUAUAAAGUUACAAUGCAAAAUUUCAGGAAUAGAAUAAGUCGGAUGAUUGGAGGCAUUUUGCUUUUACAUGGCAAAUGGUGGGCCAUGUAUGGGAGUGAUGGCGAGCUUUGUAGCGGUUGACUGUCCGUGUACUCACAUAGAUGGUGUCCUCCUCACCGUGUAAAAGAAAUUGGAGCACAUUCUCUCUCAUUCACAUGAACAAGCGCAACAGAUUUGGGUACGAGAGGCUUCAAAAGCUAGUGUACUGCUAAUACAUCAUGAAGCUAUAAGAGAGGCUACUAGGCACAGAAGAAAUAAGAAAAACACAAGGAGACCCGUUGGACUUGAUGACAAUCGGUCAGAAUGCAUAUGUUGAAGAGGAUAUAGAGGAUCCACUUUACGAGUGGGUUAAGUUGGUUUAUUUGGACACUUCAGAUGGACCAAAUUUGCAUACAGUGGAGGAGGUAGCGUCACAGGGGAUUGAUGUUGAUGCUCACGUAUUGUAGGCUAGAUCUCUUGAAGAAGCUUUUCUCUGAUUGACGAGAAGUCUAAAGGGCAGCCCACGGUAGUCAUUAUCAUGUGGGGCACAUGGUGGUGAGACUUUAUCUGACACUCAGAGCGAUGUUGGUGAUGGGUCUAGCGAUGGUGAUGACGAUGAUGAUGGAGGUGACAGGGAUGGUGGUGGCAGCAACACAACUCAUUCUGGGAGUUAGUCUUAGAGGCCUCUUAGCCUAUUCAUUGGGGAGAGAUUCUGAUCAUGCCACCCAGGACACUAACCAUAGUUCUCGCUUACAAGAACUAUUGCCGCGCCUUGUCAUUAAUAAAGCAUACACACGUUAGAAGCUAUUGAAGAAGAAGCAGACCUAGAAGUUGAGAAAUUUAGAUGAGUUAUUAACAAAGUGUAUGAGGGACCCAUGUUGAUGAGAGGCAAUGUAACCACUUGCUCUAAAAGCUUGAACUGAUAGAGUGUGGCGAAUCAAUCCCUUUAUCUCAUAGCCCAGGCCCUACAUCCUAUGGGUUUGGUCCUCGAUCGAACCCUCCUCGUGGGCCCCACAUCACAUGGGUUCCACCUCA